AUGGCUUGCAAGGCGUUCAUAGUGCCUCACGCGGUGGAAUCUUGCUCCCGUGACUUGAACAUGCUGUGCGGUUUGCAGCAGCAGCGACAGCAACGACAAAAUCAUCACCAUCGUCUGAAACUCUCUCCCAAUGGGAGUGGCUAUGAUAGCAGCCACAGUCGCGGUGUUCACAUUAGAAACAAAUUAAAUUUUGACGACCAUGACGAUGUUGACGACAGCUAUCAGUAUCAUGACCCAACAACAACAGCAGCAACAAACUAUUUGGCAACAUUCUGCGUGCAAACAAUUCGGUUUCCUAAGAUCAGAGUAGAUAGCUGCUACGAUCUAAAUAUUGCUUAUAUCAACAACACUACUUUUGAUUACAACAACGACCACAACAACAACAACAACAACAAUGACAACAAUGACGAGGAAUUUAGCUCAAAAUUUGAUAACGCUCAUGCAGACACACAAUAUAAAAAGUUCCCGAAACUUCAAGAAAGUCAAAACAACAACAGCGCCACUACAACUACAACUACCACUACCACCACAACAACUACUACUUCUGCUACUGCUAAUAGUAGUAGCAGUAGCCACAACAGCAACAAGAUUAGACAAACAGCAGCUGCAGUAAAGCUAUUCGACAAAACGUUUGCCGACGGAGAAAAUUCAUUUCAAAAAAACGACAAUCAAAAAAUUGUUAGAAAAAGUUUCAACAACAUCUUCAACAUUAGCAACAACAACAGCAACAACAACAGCAGCAGCAACAACAGCAGCAGCAACAACAACUGCAACAACAGCAGCAACAACAGCAGCAGCAACAACAACUGCAACAACAACUGCAACAACAACUGCAACAACAACAGCAACUGCAACAACUACAGCUGCAACAACAACAUCAAAAAAAUCCUCAAAAACAUCGUCACUGUCGAGACCAACAACAGCGAAAUGUUAACACGAGGCGUGCAACUGUUCUCGAGACCGUUGAGAUACGCGUAUCUAGACGCCAGUCAACACUCAAUAUUGUUUCAAAACAUCGACAAGUUAUCCGCCGUCAGCGAGUUCAACUGCACGACCAUCACAAGCAUCUUCAAAAACUACUUUCCGUCUUCGGCGAGUGGGAAAACCGGAAAGCUCAGUCGUCGUGAUAAUUAUGAAGAUAACAUUGAUAAUGAUGUUGGCGAUGAUGAUGAUGAUGACGUCGCAGUCGGUGAUGAUGACAAUGACGGAGUUAGAUCUAAGAUCAACCUAUUCGUUUAUCAUUAUCUUAAAAUGUUAAAGAAAUCAACUGAUUUUCUGACGCAAUACACCUGUGGAUUUGCGCGAUCGAGAAAGCUUCUGAAAUGCUUGGAGAAUGAAAGAAUUUUUGACAAAUUUUUCAACUACGUAUGUCGAAUUAGUCGCAUUCUAUGUGACCUUCAACCUCUCAUUAAUCACCUAAACCGCCAAGAUGACAUCGUCAUAUCACGUGAUUUUACCGGAAAUGAUGACGCAGACGACGACGACGACGAUGAUGACCCCUCGACAUCAGAAGAACCUCUGGUUAAAGUCUGUAACCUACCUUACGACAAUGCAUGUUGUGCCAACAAAUCCUUCACAUUUGGCAGACCAAGUGCCAUGCCACAUAGUGCUGAGGCAGACUCUCGCGAACCGAAACCGCGAACCGACAAAAUAAGAAUAAACAAACUCCAAAUGAAAGGAGUCAGUCGUCCGAAGCACCAACCUCUCACUAGGUUCAACUACAAGCUCAUCCAGCUGCAGAAUAUCACAUUUGGAAAACCUACUGUGGUCGACACACCAAUCACCUGCCUAUUACAAAACUUCUACGGCAAGAGGUGGUUCGAGGAUAGAGACGCCAUCAAAAGACAGCAGGCCGCCGAUCGAAUUGAGAUGAAAGCAAAAGGUGCCCGUCCAAACAGAACAACUUUACUUAGGAAGCAUAUUGAACCGCCGAUCCACAAAACAUUGUACUUUAUGCCCAGAUUCGUCAACAAUGCCAAACCUCACCUCAGCACUUUCUCUAGCGAACAACUGAAAGAAAAAUCACUCUGCAAGAAUCGAACCUUCGUUCUUCCAAGGCUCAUCACUGACGAAGCGAGAAGAAAAUCUUCAGAGGUCAACGAAAGAACACCAAACGAAAACAACAGCAGAGCGUUCAUCGGCAAUAGGAGCAAGGUAACCUUCAAAAAUAAAAAUGAUAUUUGCCGGACGGAGGAAGAGAGAAAACUGGUUAGAGAUAAAAAGGACAACGUCAAAAAAUUUACAGCCGAAAACGAGCAGCGCAUUAGAAACUGCGUUAACGCAAACAACAACGUAAAAGGUCCGGCUGACGUUUGCGGAAAUGACGUCACACAAGAUGGCCACUGCAAAGAUGACGUCACUCAGGAUGGCCCCUGCAGAAAUGACGUAGCGGCUAAAAAACCUGACGAAAUCGAAACGAAACAGCCAACAAUUCAAGAUAUCAUGAGUGCGCCAUUCCAGAAGACUUUCACAUUUACAGAUAAAAAAGUGUCUAAAAACGCAGAUAGCAAGAAGGUUGAAAUGCGCGCGAAAAAGAAAUUAGAAAAUCCGUGUUCUAGAGAGAGGGCGGGAAAAAUGGUCGCGGCGAUUGUUGGUAGUAGUGGUGAUGGUGGUAGUGAUGGUGGUAAUGGUGGUCAUUCGAAAAUGGCGGAUGACCCGAUGAGCGGGAAGUUCACCAAACGUGAUAAGGAGUGUGAAAAAUUGAGAGAGAUUAAGAAGAAACAUGUCAGAUGA